AUGGAGAGGGAGGCACUGUUGGACUUCAAAGCCGGCAUCCACGACACCCAUAACCGGCUAUCUUCUUGGGUAGGCCAAGACUGCUGCGCAUGGGAGGGGGUCAUCUGUGGUGCCACCACUGGCCACGUCGUCAUGCUCGACCUCCGGAAUACGUUUGAUCGGGCAUUACGCGGUGAGAGGAUGAUGAACUCGUCAUUGCUUGCUUUAUCACAUCUGGAGCACUUGGAUCUUAGCUUCAAUAAUUUCAGCGGGAUCCGCAUACCGGAAUUCAUCGGCUCCUUCAAGAAACUGAGAUACCUCAAUCUAUCUUCUACAAACUUCAUGGGAGGAAUACCUGCCCGGCUGGGGAACCUUUCGAGCCUCUACGUUCUUGAUCUAAGCGUUGCUUUACAUUUUACAUCCCUUGUUGACAACCUCGACUGGCUCUCCCAUCUCACGUCCUUGAAGUACCUGAACUUGAGCGGGUUAAACCUAACUGAUGUCCCGGAUUGGUUCUCAUCGGUGAACAUGCUGCCAUCCCUCCAAGUGUUAUGUAUGUCUUAUGUUGGUCUCGAUACCAUCCCAGCUUCUGUUGAACCUAACCGAUGUCCCAGAUUGGUUCUCAUCCGUGAACCAAACUCGACUGCCUAA